AUGACCCCAAAAACAGCAGGUAGGAGUACAAGGCCAUACGAUCGGGGCUUCCAGCAACACCUGAUCGAUUACGGCAUAUUACCUCAUGCUUAUGAGUUCCCAGACGGUCGACUACCGUCAGAGCCUGGGAAUAAGGAAGAUAUACUGCGGGCUCUGGCCCAACCCAGAGCAUCGCUCUCUCCGUCCCAUUUCUUAAGCCAUGACUUCCGCAAGUUCCAACGAGUAGAAGCGCAAGCAAUGAAGGAGAGAGACAUUACGACAAGCGUCGUCCCUAUUAUUGAAGGAAUAUUGGAGAUAAAAAGUGUGUCUCCGGUGAGAUUCGCGAAUCUUGACCAUCUAACGGACGGUACACUUGUGCCAGGCAGCCCGGAUAUAUAUUAUGGUGCGCGUCCAGAACAGCUCCACCCGCAAAUUCGCAAGUCAUUGCAGGGCUGUGUUGUCCCCUCGACUCAGAAUGACCUCCCUGUUGCGCCGAAUUUUUUCGUGGAAAUAAAGGGGAAGGACGGGUCUGCAGCUGUAGCUCAACGACAGCUAUUUUACGAUAUGUCCCUUGGAGAAAGAGGCCAACAGGCUCUUCGAUCGCGUAACCCUGUCUAUUCUUCAUACGAUAAUGAAGCUCAUACUGUCGGUUGUACGUAUGCGGAUGGACAAUUAAAAAUCUUCGCCUGCCAUGCAAAUCUAUCCCCAAUGCCUGGUGGGCAAAUAGGCUUUGUCAUGACACAGCUUAGAGCUUUUGCUCUAAGCAACGAUGUCGAUACGUUUCGGCAAGGAGCCGCAGCAUAUCGUAAUAGUAGGGACUUGGCAAUGAAGCAAAGAAAUGAGCAAUUGGGCAAUCAAAUGAGAGAGUAUGCUGGGAUGAAGUCAUUACGUUCUGUGCAGCCUAUAUGUUGUUGCGGCUCAAGCGCUUUUGGUCCACAGCUGCAUCGAAAUUGCAGCGGAGGGAUUGACAUCUUGGGAUAUAGCUGGGAAUGCCAAAAAGACCCUGUACAACAGCAUGAUGAUAAAUAA